AUGGAUAGGUUUUGCUCGGAAAUAUUGCGCAGGAGCGUUCACCAGGCACUUGCAUCUGCGGGCUUUGAAAAGAGUUCAAAGUUAGGUGGUGAAGUUUUUGCCGAUGUCUUGAAAGAUUACUUAUUGUGUUUGGGGAAAUCUGCACAUGAAGGUGCUAUAAACUCUGGAAGAACGAAAACAACAUCUACCGACGUUUUGGCUGCAUUCGAAGAUUUUGGUAUCAAAAUUGAUGGAUUGAAAGAAUGGUCACAGACUGACGGCAAGAUCCUUGGAAAGUACAUCGGACCACUACCUCAACCUAAGAUUAUGGAAGGUAAUAUCAAACCAGUUGACCCCAAUGAAAUGCAAGUUGAUACUGCUUAUACUGAGUCACAUGGAAAAAUUUCUAAUGAAGCAGUUGACAACAAUAAUGAACCUGAAGGAGUUAAAGGGUUAAAGAUCGAAGCCACUAACGAACAUUCUGUUGACUCUAAUGCUAUUUUACAAUCUGACGUUCAACCAUUGCGCCCUUCAUAUGUUCCAGAGUGGCUUCCACCAUUUCCUGAAAUUAAACCCCAAGAAGCAGAGAAAAUCCAAGAUAAGACUGAUGACACAUCAAAAAAAUCACCAGAAGUUAAUUCAAAUCAAGCAAUGUUUCAGGAUACUACAUUAAAAAUUCAUAAAGAUGAUAAUGUGAAUUCGAUGAAGUCAAUUUUACUUUCAUCUAAGGAUAAUAAAAGUUCUAAAAUGACACGCCGUAAAAGAUCUCCUGAUCAAAGACCACCAACUUAUGAUAUUGCAAAUGUUUAUAACUCAAUCGCACCACCAAAAGUACAGACUCAAGAAGAAUCACCAUUUGAAUCGCCAAAAAAGAAACGCAAACUUAAAAUCACUCCGUCGUCGUUGAUUCCAUUUCACACCAUCGAUGAGAUAAGUCACGAUGGGAUCGCCAAUCAGGAUGUAACUAGUUUAACUAAAUUGACGUCUUCUACAGCUGGUCCACUUAAGCUGCUUAAAGAAGGUCAAACAAAAAAACCUCCUAUUACAACUCGUACUCGUAGUGAUCAUGAAAUACCUGUGACAAGUGUUUCAAGUUUAUCUGAAGUUAAUCUACCACAAGUUAAACUUCCAGUUUCACGAAAGGGAAAGGAAAAAAUGGUCGAUUCUUCUGAUUUCCAGGAAACUGUAUCAUUAAAUUCUUCUCGGCCAAAACCGCCAACCGCUAUUCGACGUGGGUCAAAGGUUAAACUUGGAAAGUCAAUAACAAAGCCUGCUCUUGUACCCGAUGAUAAACCUGCUUCAACGACAACUGGAGCAACGAAACUUAGGAUUCGCCUCGGAAAGGUAUCCCCAAUUGACGUUGCGCCCGCUGCUUCCUCUGUAGCUUCAACCUCGUCAGUAAAAACAAAACUCGUUAAUAAUUCGUCCAACGUUGGUGUUGCCGAUCCGCCUGAAGUCAUUAAUUGCAUUUGUCCAUAUCCAUUUUCAGAAAUUGACGAUGGAAACUUUAUGCUUUCAUGCGACGGUUGCCAAGUUUGGUUUCACGGAAUAUGCACUGGUUUCGGCCCUAGCUACGUUGAAGUCGAUACCUGGUAUUGUGAACGAUGUCGUGCUCGUGGUAUGGGUAAAUCUUAA